AUCCCUUUUGCCUGGAGAAACCCUCUCUCUCAUUCUGAGCCCUCCUCCCUUGUUUUACCUUGUAUGUGAAUAAGUUUAAUUGCGUUGUGCUUUUGCUUCUGGCUGCUCACUUUCGCCCUGGAGUCUUCUUAGGAACGACCUCCGCCCUCUGAUUUUAGUUUUGCAGCAAUUCACUGCAGGCUUUUAGGUUUUCUCUUUCCCCUUCUACUCCUUUUGCUUUUGAUGCUCAGCUUUCUAACUAAGCUUAUUGGCUGCUUGCUUUUUAGACUUUUUGAUCUUUUCAGAGAAACGGAUAGUGUAUCUCCUCGUCCACUGGUGGUUUUUGAAAGGGACAUGUAAAGAACUAUUUUCAAGUUCACAUUUAGUACUUCGAACUCUGUUCCUGUGGUGAUUAAAACGGGUUUGGGGGAAAAUAUUCCUGGUAAACUCUUUUGCCUCUCUCUGUACGGGUGGUAAUAGCGUUUGGAGAGGCUGAAGAGGAGGAUGCCAAGGAAACUACUGUUGCCUUAUAAAUCUGUGUUUUCUCACUCUCGAGUUCCAAGGGGUUUGCAUGAUUCCUUGGCAAUGAACGCAGCCCGAAGUGGCUACCGGGUCUUCUCGGCAAACUCUACAGCAGCCUGCACGGAGCUGGCGAAAAGAAUCACAGAGCGUCUUGGUGCCGAGCUUGGAAAAUCUGUGGUAUAUCAGGAAACAAAUGGAGAAACAAGGGUUGAAAUAAAAGAGUCAGUCAGAGGCCAAGAUGUGUUCAUUAUUCAGACAAUCCCUAGAGAUGUCAACACUGCCGUGAUGGAACUAUUGAUUAUGGCUUAUGCACUGAAGACCUCCUGUGCCAGAAAUAUCAUUGGAGUAAUUCCUUACUUCCCAUACAGCAAACAAAGCAAAAUGAGGAAGAGGGGCUCAAUAGUCUGCAAACUUCUUGCUUCCAUGUUGGCUAAAGCAGGUUUAACCCACAUCAUCACUAUGGACCUACAUCAAAAAGAAAUCCAAGGUUUUUUCAGCUUUCCUGUUGAUAACUUAAGGGCAUCGCCUUUCUUGCUUCAGUAUAUACAGGAAGAGAUUCCUGAUUACAGAAAUGCAGUAAUUGUAGCCAAGAGUCCAGAUGCUGCAAAGAGGGCCCAGUCUUACGCUGAGCGGCUGCGGCUAGGACUGGCAGUCAUCCACGGAGAGGCACAGUGCACAGAGCAAGACAUGGAUGACGGACGGCACUCUCCUCCUACAGUAAAAAAUACAACAUUGCACACUGGCCUGGAGUUGCCCUUGAUGAUGGCCAAAGAGAAACCACCAAUAACAGUAGUUGGAGAUGUCGGAGGUAGAAUUGCCAUAAUUGUGGAUGACAUCAUUGACGAUGUGGAAAGCUUUGUGGCAGCAGCCGAAAUCCUGAAAGAGCGCGGUGCUUACAAGAUCUUUGUCAUGGCCACUCAUGGGCUCUUGUCUGCAGAUGCUCCACGCUUGAUUGAAGAGUCAUCAAUUGAUGAGGUAGUCGUCACCAAUACAGUUCCUCAUGAAGUGCAGAAGCUGCAGUGUCCCAAGAUAAAGACUGUGGAUAUCAGUUUGAUUCUCUCUGAAGCCAUACGCCGAAUCCACAAUGGAGAGUCCAUGGCUUACCUCUUCCGUAACAUUACCAUGGAUGAUUAGUUUCACCUGUCAUUUUUCCAGCUGGUUUCCUGUAACAGAAAGGAGAAAGGAAACAUGCAUGAAAAAGCAGUGCCAUAAAAUUGAUAGUAUACUUUUAAAAAAGUUUUAUAAUGGAUUUGGUUAUUUAGGGACUGACGGCAUGAGCUCAAAGUAUCAAAAUUUCACUGGGCCAGCUGCCAACUAAUUGUUCAGUCAAGAUAAAGAGAGGCACUGGAAUCAGUUUUAAAUUGUGUGAAUUUUAAUAGUGGUGGCCUUUUGCCCUUGUUAAACAAAUCUGAUGUUUUGUGAGAGGUUGACUGAGAAUGAUAUUCUGAUAUUUGUGGGAAUUUGACUUUACAGUUUCUGUAGUCAUGUGGGAGCGCAACAGGCUACACAGAAGGAAGUGGCUUUCCUUUUGCACCGCUAGUGUGCAUAAUGCCCUCUUCAGAACCAUUUUUAAUUUCAAGGAUGCAACAGAGAUUCCGCUUGCAAAAUUGUCUAAAUGUAGAUUCAUUUCAUGGCAGCAGUGGUUAUUUUGUCAGGAGGAACACAACACAAUGCUAAGUGGUUCCAGAGUUGUGGAAACUAAAAUAUUCUACACAUUAUCAGUUAUAGAGCAAUAGAUUCUAAUCCUGACUAUCUGACAUGAAAGGGGAUUGUAGGACUUCUGUUAACCACAAUAAUUUCUGAGCAAAAUGUGAAAUCAAGCCCAGUGAAAUGAGAUUUACUUCUGGCGAUAUUCUGUGUUCACAUGUGGCUCAAAACUGUGGCUUUUUUCUGCAGAAAGUAUGGAGAAAUCCUUGCAAUUCCCCCGUGUGUCUUAUGCAGCUGUAUUCCCUGAUGCAGAAUAGUAAAACUAGUCAAAUAUUACUGGGUCAAUCUGUGUUAGCAAGAUAAAGUGGUCUCUUCUAUUUUUCAACAUUAAAGUCUUUGCAGGCUAUUCAGCCUGCCUGCUCUUGCUGUGCUUUAAAACAUUUUAAUAAGCGGAGGUGCAGAACUUGGUUUCUUCUAGGAACUGUCAGUUAGUCGCCACCUUCUGGCUUGGGGGAAAGAAAGCCCUGCCCACCCUUUGUGCUCUGUUUCCCUGCAGCCUCCUCCGACGAUGCCAGUUGUACAUGUAUAAGAGUCCUCAAGUGCUCUAGUAGGUCCCAAGUAUAUUUUGGAAAUGCCUGCCUAGUGCUUUUGGAUCAUCAGGAUUCCAGAGCUUUACGAGUAGAUCAUGCUCUCAAGUAAAUUAAUUCUACAUUCAGCUCGAUGUCAUUUCUAAGAAUGAAUACCAUACCUGUAUGACAACAGAAAUGUGACUUAUUUUCCUACCAGUGGCUGUAAAGCAGAACACAGAGUUAUCUGUACUCUUUGUGUGCUGGAGGCCUAAAUCUGCUGUUGAAUUUAUUUAUGAGCUGUGAAGCUGUUUGUGGUCAGAUUAGGCACAGGGCUUGGUUACUCCUUGUCUUUCUCAUUAGUGACAGCCAUUCAGAAAGGCAAAGCUACCAUAAAGAUGGGAUAAAGAAGGCACAGUUUGCUGAUACAGCAGCUCCCUUUGCAGAAGCCUCCGUAGCAUGAUCUAGACUAAUGCUUGUCAUUUCACUCUGCAGUCGUUUGACCAAUUCAAUAGGCUGAGCUUUCCUUUCCUUUGAUGUAACUGCUUGCUUAGGUUUUCUGAGUCCAGACUAUUUAUCUUUUAAGAUCUGACUGACAGCAAAAUUACAUCAAGAGCAGAUCUCUCCCCUCACCAUACUGGUGAUAGAGUGAAAGGCAGAGGGGGAACCCACACAUGAUAAAACCAGGCCCUUACGAUUUGAGUUAAGGGAACGGAAUCUUGACAAACCAUGUACCUCUGACCAGAGUUCUUCUCCAGCUUCCUGUGUUCACUCCCUUCAUGGCCACUCCUUUUCUCAUAAUACCUCAAGUCUUGCAUAUAUGAUUUCCCUAGUUAAGCUUUCUUCUUGGCCUAUGUAGCCCCACUUGCCUUUCUAUUUUUUAGCUCGCUGUUUAAUUUACCCCAUCGUUUAGCUUACCAUCCCCCUCCAGAUUCAGUCUCCCUAAGCUUCAUACUGAUUGCAGCUGGAUCCAUUACGAAAAGUACUUCAGAUAUGCUUCCUUCAGAAUCUAAUGACUGAAGCUGUGGGUUUCAAGUACUCACUGCUACUGCACACACUACAUCAGAAGCAUAUAAAGAGUAUUUAUAAUCCAUCUUCUUAACAUUCUGUGAUAUAGCCAGAACUGCUUGCUUGCACAUUGCGGCUGUUCCUGUUGCCACCCGCAUUCAAGGUCAAAUUAACCUUGUUUAAGGUGGCCAUUCUGAAUGAGAUAUUCUGCUCUGAUGGAAUCUUUACACUUAACAGUGACUUGUCCUGAACAUUUAGUAUUGGGUUGGCUAUAAAUAAAUGGAUUCAUUAACUCAUCUGUUAUAUCACUGGCUAGUUCUCCAUGACAUCAUAGCAUCUCAGCCGCUGCUGUCAGAGGCUUCUUGUCUAUGUGUUUGUAUUUAAGUGCAUUGUAAUAUAAUCGAUCUUCCAAAUGUCUGCAUUGGGAGAAAGAGGAGGAUAAUGAUCCUGUUCUGGAACUUACCAGCAAAAAAAUUACAGAAGUUAUUGGUUAACUAAUCCAAACCAAUAGCCAUAUUCAAAGAGUUGUUUCACCCAACCAGACCUAUACCAGAAGUGGUGACAAUUGGAUGCUAAAAGUGCAGCAAUGCUACACCAGCUUCACAAGCAUAUAUGCAAACAUAACUAGGUGGGGUUUAAGUGCUUGAAGUAUUCAGUGGCAAUUUGAGUUCAUGUUUGCAAUUGUAGGAACUGAGCCACACACAGUGUACCUUCUGGACAGGUUAACCAGAACCAGCUUUUGAUGUGACACUCUCUUCCCUCCAUUAACUACAUGAGUAAUCCGAAACAUGUAAGAGGAUUUCAUGGGGAGCCAUGCACAUUCUUCCAACCCCCACUCCAUUUAAUCCUUAAGGGUGCAUUUUUCUUUCUUAUCCCCCCCUACAUAUUUUCCUCCCACAUCUGAAUCUAGUUUAAUCAGAAGAAGAUUACAAGUCCAGGAGAGGCCUUAACUGUUCAGCAGGUAAAGAAUCCUCGAUUUAUUUAUGCAAAAAUGCACAACACAACUACCUUUUUUUGUCUCCUGGCGAUUAUAUAAGUGUGUAUGUUGACAUACAAGGACACUGUUCACUGUAGAAAUCUAAGUUUACAAGUGUUAGAUUCCUGUGAGUUGAAUCUCAAAUCUCUAAGCAAUACUUCGGGAUAGACUCACAGUGAUUUCACUGUUAAUACUGAGCAUUAAGAGAAAGGUUACCAUGCCUGUUUCAUUACUGUGAUUUUAUAAGCUUGAGUUCAAAGUCUUCUGAUAUUUUUUCAGUGUGAACAGAAUACAUUUUUAAAACUAUUAAUUGCAUUUCCUAGAGUGGGUGGCGUGAAACUCUGUUAUGAUGUCUCCUUUGCUCUUAAGCAUUUUACAGUUUAUGCUGGAUAUUUAGUUGCUAGACUUGAAAACCAUCAAAAUUACUCAUAUACGUGUUGGUGAGCAAAAAUAUUCAUCUGUGCAUUAUCAUAUAGCUUUGUUCAAACACUGUAUUGGAGUUUGAUCUUCCUGUUAAGUAGUUUGGCAAAGACAAUCUGUUCAUGGAAGUGAGAUCUGGAAAAGGUGAUUCACUCAAGUUAUGUAAAAGUAUUGUGAAUGGCAUCUGCAUUUCAUGAGAUGGCUAAUUGUAGAAUCUUUGUAUCUGCACUUAAGCCUAAAUUUGUGGGGGGUUCCCCCACAGAAUCCAGUUGAUGCUAAUUAGCACAGGAUUCUUUCUUUAGUCUUAUUAGCCUUAAAACCAUAUAAGUGUGAAAAGCCUUUCCUAUUCCAUCACACUGAGGUUCUUGGGAAGAGACUACCUCUGUCUCACCUACCUCUGCUGAUUAUUUUCCCAGUUCCUGCUUAUGGGAGAAUUUCACAAAUCUCUGUAAAUACUGGCAUGUUUAUUCAUUCUUUGGUUUUUGUUUCCAUUCAUUGUUCCUUGACUGAAACACUCUGCUUUUAAUUACUUUCAGAACUGUGUAACAACAGUGCAGUGUCCUAUUUUAAAUAGCCAUUAAAAAUUGCAAAGGAAAGUCUCAAAAUCA